AUGGUUGAUAUUGAAGUCCAAAUCUCAUCUGAUUUCGAUCCAUUUGCUGAGGCUAAGGACUCAGGUGCACCUGAAGCCAAGGAGCAUGUUCAUAUAUGUAUACAAAAAAAUGGAAAGAAAAACUUGACGGUCGUUCAAGGACUGAGGAAAGAAUUCAGUUACAAAAAAAUCCUAAAGGAUCUAAAGAAAGAGUUCUAUUGCAAUGAAAAUGUUGUGCAGGAUAAGGAUCUUGGCAUAGUGAUACAACUUCAAGGUGAUCAGAGGAAGAAUGUUUCUUAUUUCCUUGUGACUGCUAGUGUCGUCAAGAAGAAUCAAAUCAAGAUUCAUGGUUUCUAA